GGUCAUCGCCUGUCUCGAAUGUGGAAGUGGAGGUCAUGGCGAUGACAUCACCCAGGAGAGAGCCUUCAUCAUCAACGCUCUAAUUACCCAAAUUAAGGUAAACUGGGCUGCACACUUCUUUAAAUCCAUUUCAAAACAUCUAGGAAAGCACAAUCAGAAGUAUCUCUGUCAAGGUCUGUAUAUUGGACAUGUUUUGGAAUCUAUGGGCGCUGCAGUUAAAGGGAAAGCAUUGGACAAUGUUCCACUCAUCAUUUUCGCAAAGACUGCCAAGAGAAAGCAUGUGGUGUCUCCCUCUCCAAGUGUUGAAACACCACAGAACCUUGCUUUGAUCUGUUUGGAAGAGGAAGAAGAAGUCUCUGACCAUGGAGAACUUCAAAGGAAGAAGAAGAGGAAGAUCAACUCUCCAUCAACAUCUGGAAAUCUCUACUAUAUUUGGAAAGCCUGGAAAGUUGGAAAUUCAGCAGAGCAACUGUUGAAUUGGGACCAACAACUGAAGAAUGAGAAGAUCAUCAAGAAGUGCUUAGGAAUACCAGUCAACCACAACUGUGAACAAAUUUUGGAUGACUACUGGGUAUGGCAAAGGAACCCUGAAGACUUGCAUCUGGAAUACCUCGCCAACACACCAGUUUCAGACUUUGAAGCAGAUGAUGAAGAUCCUGCAGUCUUCAAGUCAGUCUUCUUAAAAGACACAGAAGAUCAAGUGGUUUUCACUUCUGAAGCACAAGGUGACUUGGAAGCAACAGCUGAGGAUUUCCAAACAUUUCCGGAAACCUCACCUGCCUUUGAAACGGAAACCUCACCUGCUCUUCAGGAAACCUCACAUGCUUCUAAAAUAGUUCUGGCUGAAGCUGUCCAAGAGAAGGCAACCUCUCCCCCACUAGAACAGAACCACAAAACAGAAGAAGAAGAAGAAUUUCAGCAACUGGGUCAAUCUCAAGUUCUUGAGAUUCUCACAACUGCAUGUGAGAUCUCCAAUCCUACUGAAAUUGAGAUCCCGGAGAAGUUAGCAGAAAUUCUAGAACAGUCAGCUCUUCAAGAAACAAUGGAGCAAGCUGUUGAAGCGCAAAGGAAUUCUGGAGAAGCUGAAAAGGAAACUCAAAUGGCAGAACUAGAGGUCUCUCAAACUCCAGUAGCCAUUUUUGAAGAACAGAAUGCAGCUGAAGAAAGAGACUCCCUCUCUAGGGAUAUAUCAAAUUUUGCGCUUGAUGAACCAGAAGGAGAGUCUGAAAGAACACUGAAGGUUACUGAUGAAGAAGAUGUGCAAGAAGAUGCUGAAUCUCUUCCUAUGCAACUCUUCCAAAGAACACCAUCCUCUCAUCAGGUAACCAAUUUUCAUUUCCAUAGCUCUUCCACCCCUACCCUUCCGGAUAUUGUACCGGAAAUCUGGACAAAGAAGGUCCAAGGGCUGAUUGAAUCAGCCCUAGCAUCUCAACGUGCCUCCUUUAGGCAAGAGAUAGAGCAAAUGGAAGUCAGGUACACCCAGCUCAUAGAGAAAUCUGAAGGAAAACACAGCGCAGAUCUCAAAGAAAUAAGCAAAUCAGUGCACAAGACUCUGGAGAUUAUCUCUCUAUUGAGUGAAACUGUGAGCAACACGAUGGAAAUAUAUGCCUCUGACAAUCAACUUCAACUCAAAGAGAUCAACAACGUCAAGGAGCAAAUAGCAAGUGUCACAGUUAGUCUACAAAAACAGAUGUCUCUUCUCCAAAUGGACAUCAGAUCAGCCCUAGCAGUAGCUUCUGCAAAUCAGGUAGUGACCAAAGACUACUUGAAGGUGAUCAUUGACAAUCAAAAGGAAGCACACAAGCUGUUCAGACUUAUUGGCGCUAAUUCUGGAAACCGCAAGAUGGAAGUGAUUCUCCAACAACACAAUCCAUCUUCAAUACCACAGCUCCCUAUUGCAGUCAAAGAAGGAGAAGCAUCUUAUAUUCCUUCUCAUCUGAGCAUGACAAAUCUAAUCCUUGAAGCACAACAAAGAAAUCCGGAAAACUCAACACAGCAUCUAUCCAGCUCAGGACUGGAUGGAACAGAAUUUAUAGGUACAGUUGUUGACCACUUCUCAAAUGAUGCUCAAUCAGAGGAAAGACGCAACAACCUAAGGCGAAUCAAAGAACUAUGUGGAAACAUGAUAAGUCCGUUUCGUUCUUAUCAUUUACAUCAUAUUCUAAACGUUAUUGCACGUAAAUAGUAUUUAAUCAUCUCAUAAAAUGUGAUUUUAAUGGAUAAAACUCUCAUUUUCGUUCUAAGAGUCAUAAAAUGGGAUUCCACGU